CCUGACGUUGGCAGCGUGCGAAUGUCCAGAAUUGGGUUCACCGGUUGUAACGAACUUCAAUCGUCUUUCAGGCGAUUAGACAUGUGAAAAUGUCACGGGAAGAACUUCACCAGCAAUGUCAGCUACCGUAAGAUUAAUCGCACACAGCAGCUCACGCAGCAAAUGCAGACGAUAAUGCCGAUGAUCAUGAAGACUGUGAAGUGAAAAUUUUGUUCCCAAGAAAAAAUAUUAUCACCUUUAAGGACACCCCGGCACUCCGGCAUGGGCUGGUUGACGCAAUGCGUUUGCGGUGCUCGGAGCGCAGGCUCGGAACCGGAUGUGAGGCAGAAAAGCGCGGGAAAACGUGGUAAAAAGAAAAAGAACAAGAAAAAGGAACGGAAAGACGCCGCUGGAUCGCCACAGGCCAAUCGAAACGCCAUUGGGAUCGACCCGAUAACCCGAAGCACAGGUUUCAAUUUUUCCAACCAGGAUGAAGCUGUCCUGAAGGAUACAGGCAACACGUCAAAUAAUCGGCUCCUGGAUGUCGAGGCCGGUACCACGAAAUCUGUAAAGUUGUCAACGCCGGAUAAAAAGUGUGAAAUAGUUCACGAAAACGGUGAAUUUGCCGCGGAAUCUUCCUGCAGUAAUUUCUCAUCGUCGAUCAUUGAUCGUGGAAAAUAUGUCACCGACGAUCCUUCACUCGAGCAGAUUUCAUUAAGCUUCGAUCAUGAUCCUGGAGUGGUACGACCGAAACGCUGGAGUAUUCACGGCACAGACACGAACAACGGAAACGUAGCCAAUCUUGGAUUAAGUUAUUUUAAAAAGACGCCCGAGUCUAGCGAGAACACGACCGUAUUUGCCGUUAAAAAAUCAUCCACAAGUAACUCCAAUGAGAACAAAUUUAGCACGACAAGUACGAAGGGCGAUCAUCAUCGCUUCGGAUCUCGCACCGUCGAAAAUAUUGGCCUGCAGGAUGCGCGCCAGGCGACGGAGGACGUUUCUACUACCUUAGGAAGUGUUAACAGAAAAUUGGGACUUUCUUACGUUGUGCUGAAGCAGACGGAAGAACCACCGAGGAACGGUGAUAGUACGGCAAUGGUACCAUUGUCGGGUGACUCUGUGGCGGAAAAUUUUCAACGAGCCUACGUCGUUCUGCCUGAAAUUGAACGCGACAAGUCCGCGGAAUUUAAUGAUUCGCAUCAGAAGCAGCGACGUACUAUCCAAAAUCCGCAUCGCGCAACUAUGCCAAUAUCAAGACUGCCCCGGUCGAAACCAAGCGUCGUCAAGAAAUCGUCGGACUUUCCGGAAAAACAAACGAACAAGUAUGGAUUUCGACAACCUGCUGGAACUCCGAUAGCUACGCCGGUCACGGAGAUCAAUCGAAGCAGGAACUCGUGCAGCUUUGAAAUUCCCUGGUUCGACGAUAAAACCAUCACCAAGAAACCGCGUCAAAGUAAAAUAUUGAAACCUCAAGAGAUAACAAAGAUCGCAACGAAAAUUAAGGAAUCGAAUGAAACGGCUCUGGCUAACGACCGAUUAAAGGAACACGAAAAUGGACGCGUUCACUCUGCCAUCGUGUCUGGUGUCAACUGGGAGCAACGGAGUGUCACUGUCGAAUGGUUUGAGAGAGGAGAGACUAAAGGGAAAGAGGUGGAAAUCGAUGCGAUUUUGGCUUUGAAUCCCGAAUUGGUACCGAAAACGAUGGGACCACCUCCGCCGGUGAAUAAUCACAUGAUGCCUGCUCGUAAUAAGGACUCUUCCGGUGAGGAGGACGACGGCGUUGACGAGUACGAGAACCAGGAUGAAGGCUCGCUCGGACGUUCCGGUGCUCAACAAACCACGAGAAAUGGUCUUAGCUCGGCAACCCUGCCUGUACGAGUUACAUCUCGGCUUUCGAAUACUACGAGAGCGUCUAUUCCAGUUAAAGGUAAGUCUGUUCCAAAUAGACAAAUCACUCGAGCAGGACGGCCCACAAAUAUAAUUCCACCCAUUACAUCUGUAAACGGACAUGGUGAUUCCAUCUCAGGUCUUACUCGACGGGAAUUGGAGAAUAUACCACCAACUCCGGUAACACCAGCACCAUCAAGUGCUUCCACUGUGGCAAUGAGCAAGCAGAAACAAUUGCAGAUACAACAGGCUCAACAGCAGCAGUUGCAAAUUCAACAACAACAACAACAACAACAAGCUGCACAAGUCGAAAAUGGAAGAGGCAGACGGUCGAAUGUUGUCAAAGAGGUGGAAAGGCUAAAAAAGAACAGAGAAGAGAGGAGGCAGCGACAAGCAGAGCUAAAGGAGGAAAAAGAAGCAUUAAUGAACUUGGAUCCUGGAAAUCCUAAUUGGGAAUUCCUUGCAAUGAUUAGGGAGUAUCAAAACACCAUAGACUUUAGACCACUGCGAGACACGGACGCAGUAGAAGACCAUCAAAUAACCGUUUGUGUUCGAAAACGUCCGUUAAAUCGUAAAGAAGUGAAUCGUAAAGAAGUAGACGUUAUAAGUGUUCCCAGUAAAGAUCAGAUGGUCGUCCACGAACCAAAAGCAAAGGUUGAUUUAACCAAGUAUUUGGAAAAUCAGCUGUUCAGAUUUGAUUACGCUUUUGAUGAAACUUGUACCAAUGAAAUAGUCUACAAAUAUACAGCCAAGCCAUUAGUGCAAACUAUCUUUGAGGGUGGAAUGGCUACUUGUUUUGCUUAUGGUCAAACCGGAAGUGGUAAGACUCACACAAUGGGUGGAGACUUCAAUGGAAAAACUCAGGACUGCAAGAAAGGAAUAUAUGCUAUGGUCGCUAAAGACGUUUUCAAGUAUUUAAAGUCCACUAAAUAUCGUCCACUGAAUUUGAUAAUCUCUGCAAGUUUUUUUGAGAUUUACUCAGGAAAAGUGUUUGACCUGCUCGCUGACAAAGAAAAGCUCCGAGUACUGGAGGAUGGGAAACAACAGGUACAAAUAGUUGGGCUGACUGAAAAGGUUGUGGAAUCUUGUGAUGAAGUACUGAAAUUAAUUCAACAUGGUAAUAGUGCCAGAACUAGCGGACAAACUAGCGCUAAUGCUAACUCUUCGAGGUCACAUGCUGUCUUUCAAAUAAUUGCACGGACGCCAGGAACCCACAAGGUUCAUGGAAAGUUUUCUCUAAUCGAUCUUGCUGGUAAUGAAAGGGGAGCGGAUACAUCGUCAGCUAACAGGCAAACCAGAAUGGAAGGUGCUGAAAUCAACAAGUCACUGCUGGCGCUCAAAGAAUGUAUCCGUGCACUGGGACGCAAAGGUACGCAUUUGCCAUUCAGAGCCAGUAAGCUGACUCAGGUUCUGCGAGACAGUUUUAUAGGAGAAAAAUCAAAAACUUGCAUGAUCGCUAUGAUCAGCCCAGGAAUGAGCUCGUGCGAACAUUCUCUUAACACUUUACGAUACGCAGACAGAGUUAAGGAACUAGCUGCAACAGAUCCAACAGAAAUAAAGGCACCAUCAACAGAUGACGACGAACGAGGUUUAAAGAUAGAAGACCAUUCAAACAACAGUGUUCUGUCAGACAGCGAUUUAGCACAGUUAAGAUCACUCAAUGAGGGCGAGUUAUCGCAGGACUUAUAUACUUUCCAUGAAGCUGUAUCUGCGCUACAGUUAUUAGAGGAAGAAGUUUUGGACACACAUAAGCUUGUGGUUGACAAUACAACUCGGUUUUUAAACGAUGCGCACAGCGUUUUCAGUGCGACACACGAGGUGGACUAUGAUCAGGAAGGAACCCUUACAGAUUUGAGACGGAAAAGAACAAAGUUUGAGUCACCCUACCUGAGGCGGUUCACAAUACAUAGGCGUCUCGUAGAGAGAAAGCAAUUUUCUGAUGCAUACGCCCAAAAGUGGGAAGAACUGUUGACACAGCAGCGUGAUACAUUGAAUGCAGCACUGGACCAAGUCAGCCAAUUCCGAGGCCAACUUCUCCAAGAAGAGCAGAUCAGUCAAAAGAUGACGCGCACACGCAACACACGAUACAAUUAAACCUAAACGUCACACACCCGUAUACAUAAUAAUAUAAUAUGUGGGAUGUAAAGGUCACACUCCCAUAUACUAAUAAUAUAUGGGUUGUAUCACCUGAGGGUGAGUUUACACUAUAUUAAUCACAUUCUUAGUUAAAUCUAUGUAUUCCUAACGAAUUCUAGUAGUCGUUAUGUAAUUUUGAAUCUAAUCAAAUAAUACUCUAAUAGUAAUGUACGAUAUAUCUAUAUUUUUUACCGAUGUUAGUGUAAAAAGUGUUACAAGUUCCUUAGUGUCACCUUUUUGCCUCAUGAUAAACAGUUAUUGACUACUACAAUAUUCUUGGCUUGUUAAUUAAAUGAUAGAAAAUUAAAAGGAUGCUCCUUGAAAAAAAUUGUGAAUAGCAAAAUCAUAUAGUGUAAACUCACCAGGAAUGGUUCACCGGGUUCCAGAUGAGGUGAAACACCCUGCCUCUUUCUUCACAUAUGCGAUGCAUUUUCGAUUUAAUCUUCUGUUAUAAUAUACUUGAGAUAAUGUCAAUGGUUUUAUUUUUUGUGUUUGAUUUAAUAACAAUGAAUAGUUUUAUAUAUAUCUAAAAAGUGAUACAUUUUGUAUACAUUUAAUCUUCUGUUAUAAUAUACUUGAGAUAAUGUCAAUGGUUUUAUUUUUUUGUGUUUGAUUUAAUAACAAUGAAUAGUUUUAUAUAUAUCUAAAAAGUGAUACGUUUUGUCUAACAUGAAAGACAAAUGAGUUUUUUACAAUCGCUAACUUAUUUGAAACGCGUCUUUAUAAACAUGCCUCUACAUAAUUUUAAAAAUUGUUUAUGUUACCAAACAAUCAGCAUUUUUAGACCUUGCUUACUCCUGUUAUUCUUUCAUUUCAGAACUGUAGAAUUAGAUCAAAGACUAAAGUUAAAAUUACGGAUUAUAAUUUAAAUUUCCGUCACCUAUAAAUUCAGAGACUUAGUAUUGAAUAAUGGCCGAUUAUCUCAGAAAUGCAUUGCUGAUAAAAAUUAACUUCAUAACUGCAAAUUUUAACAUAAAGAAAUUAUCAUGUAUUUAACUACUGUACUAAGCAAAUAAAAACGAUAAAUAUAUUUUGUUCUCUGAUAUAAGGCGCCGGUCGUUUACUGACAAAAGUUGCUUACAUGAUAAAUUAUGAUGCAUUUCUCUACCUAUAGCUUCUAAAUACAUCAAAGAAAAUUUGUCCGAAAAAGUAAUUACGCAAGAAAAAAGUUUACUUGUAGCUGACAUCCAAAUGCGCAGCCCCUUAGUCAAACCAGAAUUUACCUUUACGACCUGACAUUCAAAGAAUCAUAUUUAUCAUACAUGUAUGGCACUUAUGCAUUGUCAUGAUGUGCUCGGCUCUGAUUUUUUUCAGCGGUUCUUAGGCUUUUAAAAUACUAAUUGUACAAUGAACGUUUCUUGAGUGCAACAAGAGUGCUUUUGACUUAUGCUUAAGCUGUGAAUUCAAAUUCUUGGUAUAUAAGAUAUGUAAUAUUAAAUUAAGAUAUUGAUUAGACAUUAGAAAUAUCGUGGAAAGGGACCCAGUGUACCGCCAGACAGUGAAAACAGCCUUAGAAUACCGGUUUAUGGAAACAUAUUAGAAAUAGAUCAUCAACCCUGUUGCUCGAUUAAUGUAUUUGAAUUUGUGGUUUUUUUUCAUAACAUAAUAUGAUCAUAUACUCAAGUUCUCAACCAUUCGUAUUAUUUGGCUAUUAGACGACAUCUAGAACAUAAUAUAACAAUUGGUUCAUAAUUAUAUUCAAGACUAGCAUUGUUGGAAAUUUGUGUAAAUUCAAGUUACAAAAAGUUUUGCCAGUCUACAAUCUCGAUUGUACCAAAUUAAUGUUUUUACAUCCACAUAUCUUAAGUCAAAAGUUGGACAAGGUGCUCUUUUGAUUUUGCAUACGCUGUACAUAUUUUUAUUCGAAUAUUGUAUUUUCACUCUUGCUUCUAGAUGAAAAAAAUUUGAUAAACUCACGUAAUAUUAAAAAUGAGAUUAAAUUUUCAACAUAUCAUUUUGUUACAUCAUGUAGGCUUCGUGAUCUUUGAUUGAUAUCUGUUAUAGUGCGCGUAAAUUGUUGAAAAUUUUGUGGAAAUAUAGGUAAUAAUUGGAUACGAUUAAUUUUUUAAUAUUUUUUUACAUUAAGAAUUAGUGGUGUAUUCUAUAGGCUGCUGAAAAGUAAGGGUCUCGUUUCUUUGACUGCAGAGUUGGAUAAUCUAUUUAGAUCGUAUUCUAUAGCCGGUUACUUAAAUUUAGUAAACGAAACUCGUAUUAAACCAAAUAACGACUGAUUUCAGAAGUAACUCUUAGCUGUAAGACACAUAUAUAUGUUUCAAUGUGGCUCGACAACGGCCUAAGUAUUGAGUUGUGUAUUAAUAAUAUAUAAUAUUAUAAUUUGAUCCAGAUCACUUUUUUACGUAACUGUGGAAUCAUCUAAUUAAUAUGUUAUAAGACUUCAAGGAAACAUUCUGUGUUUUUCUAAGUCGCUUCAUUGAUAAUGUCAUAUGCAUUUCAGAAGAACUGAGUUGUGCAGUCGUUGGAAAAACACUGACGUGACAUGAAUGAUUCCGACAAAUAACUAAAUACGAAUUCAAACAAAUAGAAUUUCGUAAAAAUAUAUCUGUAUUAUUGCUAUAACAUUAAAUCCAAUGAAUAAUCUGUGCUCUUACAAUUAAAAAAUCAUCAUAUUAAUACUCAAUUCUUCAGCGUGAAGCUGAAUAUUACGGGGGUAUUUUUAAUUUUCGGUAUUUUUAUUAAAUUAGGAUCUUGUGUAUUGCAAUUAGAGAUUUUGGCCAACUGCUCGCAAUUAAAUAAUAAUUUGUAUUUGCUCUACAAUCUGCUGCGUUGUAAUAGUGCCAAAUCAACGCAUUGUUUUUAUGUUUAAAAAUUGUGCAUUCGAAGUUUUUGUAACCCCGUUGAAUUAAAAUAUUUGCACAGGUUUACUUGCAAACAGACGAAAGAAAAAUAUCGAUUCCUUGGAAAUUUUAGGAAGUAAACAUGCUGAGUGGAUCUCAGUCAUUUUAAAUUCGAAAGAAGUAUUGUUAAGUAAUAUUAUUGAUUGUUAAAACUAAGAAUAUCUUGCAUAGUCAUCAGCUUGAAAAUGUUUUGAUGCCUCAAUAUUCCAUGCGGUUAUUGUAAUAGAAAAAAUGUCUCAAGGUUCUUUAUGAGUAAAGUUCCCCCUUAUGAAGCUGUAUUGGAAUAUUUUAUUGCUAACUACAAUUUAAGAUUUUAAUUUUUCGUACUUUUUUAGUCAAGCCAAUAGAACAAAGCAUGGUAAUUCACACGCAUUAGUUGAUUGACACUUCCUUAACUGACUUUAAUGAAUCUAAAUACGAAUGUUCUUUUCACAUAGAUCGCAAUAUCGAUGAAGCUAAUGUUUACUAUUUAACAAUAAUUAUAUAAUUUAUCCAGCAUGUGAUACAUUUGUCUAGGUUGUGUUUAAUAAAUUCAUAUGAUCACAGACUUAUAGACAACUGGAAGGUGUUAAUGUACUUUAUAUCAAACAAAUUAAAUUGUUGAUAUAUAUCCCUAUUGUAUGCUCACAGAAUAUUACAAAAUGAUAAUAAACUGUGAUGGCAGCUUGCUCGUGGAAUGAAAAUUUUAAAUAUACUUAUAAUUCUUUAUAUGGUAAUGAUUUAUAAAAUUGGAAAAAAUGAAUUCAAAAAACUCGAAGACACUAUUACUGAUAAGACCGUAACUACUGUAAUCGUGUAUUACAUUACUCAUGGCAUCACGUAUCUCGACCAUCUGCCUCACCUUCACUAGAUCUUUUUUUUCUUCAUUCUCAUUGAUAUGCACAGAUAAUUGUUCUGGGUACAUACAUGUACUAUAAUGACGGCAUGUUGUUGCUUUAUGAAUAAAAAACAGAACCAAAACUUAA